GCUUGGCCGAAGCUGCCGGGACGGUGGAUUUGUGAUGCACCUCCUAACUCCAGAAGAAGCAGAGCUGGCGCGCGCAGCGCAAAAGAAGCUCUUGGUGUGGUUUUCAUUCGAGUAUGAAUCCCUGGAGCGCGCCUUGCCUAUGUUCGAUCUUGAUGCGGAUGGGAUCAUUUCUGCCUACGAGAUUUCACGGCUGGCAGCUCAAGCAGGAGUACCUGACCACGCCAUCCCCACACUGAUACGGAGCCUUCGCAUGGGGCCGGCAGGGAUACCUCUGGACUCACUGGCUGACAUUCUUUUGGGCCGCGGCGUUGCAGUUCCUUCAGCUCCUCGGCCCCCAGCACCGUUGGAUCGCGCCUCGGCGCCGGCGCCACCGCCGCCACCGCCGCUCCCGGGCAAUCGCUUGCUGCAAGUGGUGGAGGAAGCCACGAAACGGCGCCUGGAUCUGUCGCAACAGAUUCUGGGAUUGUUGCAGUGGAAGGAGGUGCCGGAAAUGCCCUGGCAACAGCGUGAAGCAGAUGCAAUUUCAUGGGCUUUGCGCAUGGGAACACAUGAACUCUUCGACAUCACAGAUCCAUUUGGAUCAACUGCCCUGAUUCUGAGCUGCCGGCUGGGCAUGGAGCAGCUGUGCAAUGUCAUGUUGACGGCUCCGGGGAUUUUGCCAAAGGAUCUGAAGGACUACGUGAAUCGCUGCAAUCAGAUGGGAUGGACCGCUUUGCUCCUGGCGUCGCAGAACGGAUUUGCUUCGAUCUGCCAUCAGCUGCUGUCGGCUGAAGCCGAUCCCAACGUGUCAUCGGAAGGGCAGUUGACGCCGCUGAUGUUAGCUGCGUCCAACGGCCAUGAGGAAACGGUCAGACUCCUUUUGGAUUUCCAGUGGUCUCGACACCCGUCUCUGCGCGCGGAUCCCUUCAGUCUCAGCGCCGAUGGUCGUUUUGCCCUGCACUUUGUUCGACAGAGACUGCAGAAUCGGAAGCCAGAGGAGUCUUUCUGGAGCUUGGACACCUAUGGAGUCAGCCGAGCCCAGCUUUGUCCUGCUCCGGAGGAGUACAACAACAUCGAGCGCAUGCUUCUUCAUGCCAUGCAGACUGCACCUGUACCACCUGGCUUCCGUGAACAUGCUCAGGAUGACGAGUACUUCGGGGCGUGGCAGCAUGUGCUACACGAAGUCUGCCCAAGAAAAAGGGGUGGGUGCUUCUUCGUCUGA